UUUGUUUUCUUUACAAUUGGACUUUCAUUUAAAAGGGCAUUCAUUAAAGGAGGGCGUUGUUGGCAAAAACGACUACGUCACUAUUUACAAACCAUUUUGGAUAGGUAGGGACUGGGUACUAGCAUUCUAGUGAGACAUGGCCAUCAAAAAGCAAUAUCAAAGCGUUGGUGAAGAAGUAGGAUAUAAUCAAAAAUCGUAACAGUAACAUGGGCGUUUAAUAUGGACGUUAAUUCAGUCGGGGAGGUGUUUGAGCAUGAGUAAAUACACAAAGUUCGAUAGUCAUUUUCUGACUUGUAUAUAUUGCGGCAUAUUUGUUACGCUCGAGUGGAGAUACCACAAAACCAACAAGCUAGCGUGGCUUGGACACUUACAACUAAAUAAUGUAAUAUUUUUUCAUUCACUUUCAAUGUAAAACUUUUUUAUUCGUAGCUGAGUGUCUUUUUCGCGUGUAGAGUAUCAUCAAAUAAAUUUGUGGUAUAUGGCCAGAAUGCUGUUGAAUAUUUGUUUAAUUAUUAAAAAAAAAUUAGCAUGUUAUUCCCAGGGUGAGUGAGAAUAUCUCAUACGAAUGUGUGUUGCUUCUGUUGAGCACGGUACGAGUGAUUCGCGAUUAAAACUUGUCUUUACGACAAUAAAUUCUUUGAUCGGUCGGAUUUACAAAAAGUGGUUAAUUAUUUGAAUUAAUUAUGUCAGGUUCAACUACGAAUGCAUGAAGAAAGUAUUUGAGAAAUUAAAUAUGACGGAACGUCAUUAUCAAACGUGCGGCAUCGUCCAAACGAACGACAAUUUUCUCCGUCUAAUGACGUUGUUAAACCACACCGAACUCGAGUUAUAUUACAAAAUAUUUCACGAUCCACAAUUUGGCGGUUUCCCCACAGAUCCAGAAAAGUUAUAUAAAGAAUUAGAAAAGUAUGAAGCAAAAAUAAAAACCAUGUUAGAGGAAAAACAAAUUAAUCAAGUUGAAUAUAAACUCGCUUUCCCAGACUCGCAUGCAACAUACUCGCAGGCGUUUACGACGAAUUUAUUUUAUGCUUUAUCAAAAGAAUGCGUCGAAAAAAUCCCGCAAAUCGACGUCGCUGUUGACGAUGACGACGACGGAUUAAAAAAUCGUGUCGUACUUUUCAACGAACUUGAUAAACUGCAAGUUCUAACCAAAGAUAAAACAUUGAAAGAAAAUGUCAACUCGUCGACCGAGGUUUACGAUCAGAAGUGGAAUGAAAUUACCGAAGUAUUAAAACGUUUACAUUACGAUGUCAAUAACGUAUCGGAUUUAAAAUCGGGCGAUCUAGAUGCUAGUAAAAAAUUCCGAUUUGCUUUGAUUCGUUCCGAAAUGGCGCUUUUACGAAACGAAUGCAGUGAACUCAAAAAAACGUCGGAAGUAAAUAAUUUUGCUGUCACAAAGCUACUCCGUAAUUUUAUUGAUGCCGUGUCACAAUCUCACGAAGACACAACAUCAACGCAAAGCAUAAACACAGACGAAGAAUUAAAACACUUAAAAGAGCGAAUUCAAGCGAAGUUAGUUAUGUUAGCGAACGUGUUAGAAAGCAUCAAAACGGUCGAGCCUCAAAUGAAACUUUGGAAAGAAAGAAAUAUCGAGGGGGACAUUAUCGUCAUAGAUGACCGGUUAACGAAAUUAAAAAACGAAGUGAACGAGCAAAGUUUUACGGUUGGCGAACUUUUUAGCAGCGUUUCACUCGACAUUGUCAAAAUUAAAGAAAGAAUGAGUUUUAAUGGAGAUAACGUAAAGUAUUUGGGCACUCCUGAACAUGGAAAAGAACGUCGUUCUCAUUCGCUUCGUCCAUAGUUGUAUUUAUUUUAAUCUGUUGUUUUUGUCUCUUAAGCAAAUUUGUGUUUGUAAAUAUAAAACCAUCUCUGCAGUCCGUUGCUGCUUGAACAUUUUGUUGAUAUUUAAACA